AUGCAAGAUAUUCAUGAUUACUCGAUGACCGGAGGCGGCGGAGGAGGAGGAGGAGGAGGGAGGUUUUUCGGUGGAGGAAUCGGCGGCGGAGGAGGCGGAGAUCGGAGGAUGAGAGCGCAUCAGAACAAUAUCCUUAGUCAUCACCAAUCUCUCAAGUGUCCUCGUUGCAGUUCUCUUAACACAAAGUUCUGUUACUACAACAAUUACAAUCUUUCUCAGCCUCGACACUUUUGCAAGAACUGUCGUCGUUACUGGACCAAAGGCGGCGUCCUCCGUAACGUCCCGGUCGGAGGCGGCUGUCGUAAAGCCAAACGAUCGAAAUCAAAGCAGCCUCCCUCGUCGUCUCCGUCCUCCGCCGACAAACCUACGACACAAGACGUCGAGGAGAAAUCCAGCAGCAGCGAGAGCUCUUCUCUCACAGCCUCUAACUCCGCCGCUGCCACCGUCUCCGCCACCGCCGCCGUCGCAGCCGCUAAGGUUGCGUCUUCGGGUUUCAUGGGUACUGAUAUGCCUAAUCUCAAACUGUACGGGAACGGGAUCGAGUGGUCGACGUUGCUCGGACAAGGUUCAUCGGACGGUGGAGUUUUCACGGAGAUCGGUGGUUUUACCGCGGCGUCGUCAAUUGAAACGACGCCGUUUGCAUUCGGUGGUAAUUCCGUAAAUCAACAGUGUAUAGAUGAUCAACUGAAGGCGGAAGAUGGUGAUACUGUACAGCAGCAGUUUGAGGAUCGAACGGCUCAGGCCGAUCCCAACAUGGGAUUCGAACCGUUGGAUUGGGGAAGUGGCGGAGGAGAUCAAACACUAUUUGAUCUAACCAGUAACGUUGAUCAUGCAUACUGGAGUCAAAGUCAAUGGACGUCUUCUGACCAAGAUCAGAAUGGUCUCUACCUUCCUUGA